UGGCUCCAAAGUCACGCCUAGGUCUCAGACGUAUAAGCGGCGCGGCCUCUUCACAUUCGCGGUGGCCGCGGGGCGCAGUUUUGAAGGGCGUCUUUCGACAUGCCUGGCAACAGCAACAUCACUUCGCCUUUCACUUCGCCUCCAUCCUUUGCCAGGGAUUCGUGGCCCGCGACGCUGGACUCACUGGGGGAACACCUCGACAAUCUGGAGCUCACCUUCGAGCAGCAGUCGCGGCACAUGGGCACCCUCCUCGCGCAGUACAAGGCGGCCCUGGCGCAGCACAGGCAGGCUCUGAGCCAGCAGUUCGCCCAACCGUCGCAGCUCGGCGCACGGACCCCCACGUGGACGCAGAGGCCCGGGGGCGCAGGCGCGUCCGCGGGCUCCGGCAGGACGGCGGCCCCGGCCCGCUCGCCCACGCUCGUUGCGGAUCGCGUGCUUGGGCCGCUCCGCGGCUCGACGAUGGAGUUGGUGAAGAUGCCGAACGCGGACAGUGACGGCGACAGCGACUCGCUUGCAUCCGGGAUGCAGGGCUGCGGCAUGGCCAGCGAGGACUAUGACAGUGGCAAGGACGUGCUCCAUGCCGAGCCAGGUUCCCUGCAGCAUAUGGCGAUUAAGCUGACCUCUCACUACGUAUGGCCAAUCGUCACCACGACCAUCGUUCUGCUGCAGACAGUCGUGCUCGGCAUUGUCGUGGACGCGCAGAUGCAGGAACUUCUCGGAGACCAGAGGCGAGGGCACUGGACCCGGACGGCUACUUUUUAUGAACAGGUUGCGAAAGGGCUCAUCGUGGUCUGGAUGGUUGAGAUUUCGAUAAAGUUAGUCGCAGAAAGGAGCCGGUUCUUCGAACGCGGGUCGUCUGGUUUGGGCAACAUGUUUGAGGUGUUCUUGUUGUCGUGCGCUCUGCUAGAUCUGGCGCAGUCUUUUAUUCCUCUGAGAGGUCGUAUGAUUCAGUGUGUUCAAUUCAUCCGGGUGUUCAGGGCCUUCAGGCUCAUUCGUCUGCUCAGUGUUUGCCAGCAUUUCAAGGCUUUGCACCAGUUGCGUUGGAUGACGUUGUACAUUUUGACUUGCAUACCGACUUUCGGUUGGGCACUGGCGUUGCUAAUCAUGUUCAUUUUCAUUUGGGCGAUCCUCUUCGAGGACCUCGCGAUAUUUUACUUGGAGCAAGACUCAGUUGACAGGAGCGACGAGGUGGUAGAUGAUCUCAGAGAAAAUUGGGGAUCCAUGAAUCUUGCAAUGAUUUCGUUGAUAUUCUCCCUCACUGGUGGUGCUGACUAUGGCGACCUCAUGAAGCCGUUCCAGAUGAUCAGCCCCGCUUUCGGGUGGAUCUACAUACUCUUCGUAGUUAUGGUGACCCUUUGUCUCCUCAACGUGCUGGUUGGCAUUUUUGUGCAGGAGUCGGAGGACAUCAAACUGCCUGGGGUAAGUUCCGCUACCGUGCCCUUUGUGUGGCGACUCCUCGAGCACCGCCCAGAAGGCCGUAGAAUGUUGCACCUCUUGUUUCUAUUGGCGUUGUCUUGAGAGUGGGGCGGAGUUGCCCCAUUUCGUAGACGUGCAUAAACUCUACAAGACAGCACGUGCCGCUCUACCACGCCGCAGCGUGCCAAAGGGCACGUUGGCGGAUAGUUACCUGGGACCGCAGUAUAGUAUUGACGAAUGCAGUGAAAAAGAAUGGUUUCACAGAAGACAUCUUGAAGCAGCUGUUUCAUGAGAUCGACAAGAACAAAACUGGGUCAAUCAGCUUGAAAGAGAUGCAGACGGCCAUCCAGCAGCCAUCCAUACGGGCGUGGUUUCUACACCUCGAGAUCGACAUGGUCACCAACGCGAAGGUUUUCUUUGAGCUCCUCGACGAAGACCUCAGCGGCUUUGUAAACGAGCAGGAGUUCGUGACUGGCUGCACCAGGCUCAAGGGCGGUGCGAAACCCCUGAGUUUGGAGAGCCUCGUGAUCGAGACCAGGAAGCUAAUGGAAGUUGUAAACCGCAUGGACGCAAAGCUGGAUGUCAGCGGCUUUACCGGGCGUGCGAUGUCUCCCCGCUAGGCGUCUUGGGGCCUGGGCAGCUCUAGUUCGCCGCUGCGCGCUCGUACUGUGGCGGCGGGCGCUGUCUCACAUUACAUUGGUCAGACCGGCUCGUUUCUCAUCCAUGCUUUCUCCCUUCACCGUUUCCCCUCCCCUCAGCCCCCCUCCCCUCCUGUCCUCUCAGC